AUGAAGGUGACAUUCAUAUGGGAGAUUUAUACUCGUAAGUACACCCCGGAGCUGAGCUGUAGCAGAGAUAAGCUAGGCUUCGUGUUCCGGGGAAUUUCCUGUAAAUUAGUUUACACUUCCAGAUGUCCUGGCUUAGCUGUUGUCCCCCAUUUCCUGCCAGAGGACAUAUCAGUGGUGUUCAGCACAGCCUCCUGGGAAGGUCGGGCUGACUUCUCCCAGGCCGACGUGCACCGCCAGAUUGCCAUUGUGUUCAAGACGCCGCCCUACGAGGACCUGGAGAUUGUCGAGCCAGUGACAGUCAACGUCUUCCUGCAGCGGCUCACCGAUGGGGUCUGCAGCGAGCCAUUGCCUUUCACGUACCUGCCUCGGGACCAUGACAGCUAUGGCGUAGACAAGAAGCGGAAACGGGGGAUGCCUGACGUCCUUGGGGAGCUGAACAGCUCUGACCCCCAUGGCAUCGAGAGCAAACGGCGGAAGAAAAAGCCGGCCUUCCUGGACCAUUUCCUGCCCAGCCACGGCUCAGAAUUUCACUCUUGUCACCCAGGCUAGAAUGCAAUG